AUGUAUCAAUUUGAAAGAUAUGAUCCAAAAGUGCCAAGAAUGGUAACUUCCUUUAAAGGGAAUCAAAAAUUAAUCUUUGAAGGGUACCGUUAUAAUAUACAUCACCUGAUACCAGCAAAGAAUGCCAAAACGUGGAGAUGUGUAUGUGCAAAAAAAUUGACAUCAGAUCGUUCUUGGUGUAAAGGUAGAGCAGAAAGUUAUGAUAAUGAUACAAGGGGUGUUGGUAAAGGUGAUCAUAAUCAUGAACCGGAACAUGGGGCUGCUGAGUUAGAAUAUUUUAAAUCUCAAUUAAUUAUGGCUGCUAUUGAAUGCCCUGAUACACCAUUAAAUGAAUUGAUUGCUGAGGCAAAACGAUACAUGAAUGAGGGACUUGAUUUUCCAUCAAAAGAUAGUUUAAAAAAAUCAUUAACAAUGGCUAGAAAAAGUAGUGAAAAUGGUGGGUUUAAAUUUCGUAAUUACAAGACAUCUGGUGGUACAGGAGUAAAAAGUACCAAAAAAAAAGAACCAACAAAUGAGUCAUCAAAUACCUUUCCAGCUUUACUUGAUUCAAUUAUGAGUAAUACACCAAAACGUGAGGCAGACUCAACAAUGAAUGCCUUAUUAUCAUUAUCAAAGACAGAGGAACCAAAGACAUUAGAAAAUAAUAAUUCAAUACAAUCAUUAUUUCCAGAAAAAUCAAUAACUGAAAAUAGUAAUAAUGCAUUAUUUGCACAAUUAGCAACAUUUCAUUCAUUACAAAAUAAUAAUACGGCAUUACUUGAAAAUAUAAAUUUAUUUAAACAACUUCAAAUGACAGCAUUAGCUGCAGCGGUAACUGGAUCAUCAGUGAAAAAUACACCACCGGUGAAAAGACCUCGUAAGGCUACAACAACGGGAAAUAGUUCAUCAAAAGCAAAGACAUUAACAUCAAAAUCAUCAAGAUCUUCAAUUUCCACCAAUCCAUCAAUGGCAUCUUCUUUAUUAUCAUCACCUAGUUCAAGUAUUAAUGUAGAACAACCACAACAAUCAUCUAUUGUGCCAGCAUCAUCAAAUAUCGAGAGCAAUUCAAUGCAACAAAAGAAAGAUUCAAUAGACAUGGCAAUUCGUGCCAACCGUCUGACCGACAUAUUUAAUCGAAUUUCGGAACGUGCAUUAGCAAAAGCAACAUCUCCAACAAAUACACAAUCAUCAGGUACAUCAACAAAUGGUGAAGAAGAAAAACUUGAAACAGAAACAACAAGAACAAUUGGUACACAAACAGAUAGAGGAGAAUCUCCAUGUGAUGAGGAAUUAUUAAUUGAAAAUAAUAAAUGUAUAGCCAAAAAAGAUUGUGAUUGUAGAACUAUAAAAGUAUGUUGUUGUUCAACGAAGGGAUGUAUACGUAAAAGAAAAUCAGAAGAGAUAAGCUGUUAA